AUGGCUCCCAAGAUCGCCAUCGUCUUCUACUCGAUGUACGGCCACAUCAAGCAGCUGGCCGAGGCCGAGAAGAAGGGCAUUGAGGCUGCUGGCGGUACCGUCGACCUCUACCAGAUCCCCGAGACCCUCUCCGACGAGGUCCUCGGCAAGAUGCACGCUCCCCCCAAGGACGCCUCCAUCAAGACGCUGGAGAACCCCGCCACCCUCGAGCAGUACGACGCCUUCCUCUUCGGCAUCCCCACGCGCUACGGCAACUUCCCCGCCCAGUGGAAGGCCUUCUGGGACAAGACCGGCGGCCAGUGGCAGACGGGCGCCUUCUGGGGCAAGUACGCCGGCCUCUUCAUCAGCACCGGCACCCCCGGCGGCGGCCAGGAGAGCACCGCCAUCGCCGCCAUGUCCACCCUGACCCACCACGGCAUCAUCUACGUGCCCCUCGGCUACAAGCACACCUUCGCCCUGCUCGCCGACCUCAGCGAGGUCCGCGGCGGCUCCCCCUGGGGCGCCGGCACCUUCUCCGCUGGCGACGGCUCCCGCCAGCCCACCCAGAAGGAGCUUCAGCUCGCUGAGGCCCAGGGCAAGGCCUUCUACGAGACCGUCGCCAAGGUCAGCUUCGCGUGA